UCAUCAGUCAGUUGAACUCUUUAGAGCAAGAAACAAGGAGGCAGGAUAAGGGAAUUCAGUGGAAGAUACAGGCAAGCUCAAGGAUGGAGGUGCAGUUAGGACCGGGAAGGGUCUACCCACGGCCCCCAUCUAAAACCUAUCGAGGAGCUUUCCAGAAUCUGUUCCAGAACGUGCGCGAAGCUAUCCAGAACCCGGGCCCCAGGCACCCUGAAGCCGCAAGCACAGCACCUCCCGGUGCCUGUUUGCAGCAGCAGCAAGAAACUAGCCCCCAGCAGCGGAGGCGGCAACAGCUUGGCCAGGAUGGCUCUCCCCAAGCCCACAUCAGAGGCCCCACAGGCUACCUGGCCCUGGAGGAAGAACAGCAACCUUCACAGCAGCACUCAGCCUCCGAGGGCCACCCUGAGAGCGGCUGCCUCCCAGAGCCUGGGACUGCUACAGCUCCUGGCAAGGGGCUGCUGCAGCAGCCACCAGCUCCUCCAGAUGAGGAUGACUCAGCUGCCCCAUCCACGUUGUCCCUGCUGGGCCCCACUUUCCCAGGCUUAAGCAGCUGCUCCGCGGGCAUUAAAGACAUCCUGAGCGACGCCGGCACCAUGCAACUUCUUCAGCAGCAGCAGCAGCACCAGCACCAGCAACAGCAGCAGGAGGUAAUAUCUGAAGGCAGUGGCACCAGUGUGAGAGCAAAGGAGGCCACUGGGGUUCCCUCUUCCUCCAAGGAUAGUUACCUAGGGGGCAAUUCGACCAUAUCUGACAGUGCCAAGGAGUUGUGUAAAGCAGUGUCUGUGUCCAUGGGACUGGGUGUGGAAGCAUUGGAACAUCUGAGUCCCGGGGAACAGCUUCGGGGAGAUUGCAUGUACGCGUCGCUCCUGGGAGGUCCACCCGCGGUGGUGCGUCCUGCUCCUUGUGCGCCACUGGCCGAAUGCAAAGGUCUUCCCCUGGACGAGGGCCCGGGCAAAGGCACUGAAGAGACUGCUGAGUAUUCCUCUUUCAAGGGAGGUUACGCCAGAGGGCUGGAAAGCGAGAGCUUGGUCUGUUCUGGCAGCGGUGAAGCAGGUAGUUCUGGGACACUUGAGAUCCCGUUCACUCUGUCUCUGUAUAAAUCCGGAGUGGUGGAUGAGGCAGCAGCAUACCAGAAUCGCGACUACUACAACUUUCCACUGGCUCUGACCGGGCCCCCGCACCCCCAGCCCCCGACCCAUCCACACGCCCGCAUCAAGCUGGAGAACCCUCUGGACUAUGGCAGCGCCUGGGCUGCUGCGGCCGCGGCGCAAUGCCGCUAUGGAGACUUGGCUAGCCUGCACGGAGGGAGUGCAGUCGGACCCAGCACCGGAUCGCCCCCAGCCACCGCCUCUUCUUCCUGGCACACUCUCUUCACAACUGAAGAAGGUCAAUUAUAUGGGCCAGGCGGCGGGGGUGGCAGUAGCAGCCCGAGCGAGGCAGGGCCUGUAGUUCCCUAUGGCUACACUCAUCCCCCUCAGGGGCUGGUGAGUCAGGAGGGUGACUUCUCUGCCUCCGAAGUGUGGUACCCCACUGGAGUGGUGAACAGAGUACCCUAUCCCAGUUCCAGCUGCGUCAAAAGUGAGAUGGGACCUUGGAUGGAGAACUACUCUGGACCUUAUGGGGACAUGCGGGAGGCUUCCAGGACACAAGAAUGAGGCAUGAUGGUAUCCAGAAUGAUUGGUCUGGUAAGUGCCACAGAAGGAUGCUGGCUCUGAUUGCAUCAUAGCUGCUGGUGCCCACGAAAGAGUAGGAGUGAGACUUCUGAACCUGCAUUUUUGAUUCUCUAAAGUCAUGCUGCAGUCUGAGAAAGGAAGUAAGAUCAAGGUGAUGGCUGGUGAUUCCCAGAUUCUUGGUGGACCUACUACACAAACUUCCAGACCUUAGUGAGAUCAAUUUGCUUUGGAGGCAGGCAGCCCAAGAACACUGACUGAUUGUUAGGUAGUUUAUCCUUACUAUAUCUUGGGACACAGAACUCAUUUUACCAGUUGAAUUAAGUUGGCUUUUGAAAUAAAAAACCUCAGAACUGAGACCUGAGAACAUUCCCUCUCUGCUGGAUAGAGACUUUUUAAAGCAUUGGAACACUAUUAUGGAUGCAGAGACUGACUGAAGCAAGUCCCUACUUAGAAAUGAGGAGGAAUGACAUGAAACUGUGAUGCUACUCAGAGACUGGGGCAGUUUGAACUUACAUUUGAAAGUGAAAAUCAGCAAUACAAUUGGACUAUAGUAAAGGAAAAAGACUUAUAGUUGACCCAUCACAGAAAUCUUUUUUAUCUUUUGACUAGAACAGGCUUAAGGGAAUCAUAAUUUGACAAAUUGUGUGCUUAUUGUUAAUUUCUGUACUAGAAUUAUACCUGUUAAUGUUUGUAACUGUUUUGGUUCACUAUGAAAAUGUUAUUGAUUAGAAAAAUGUUAGAGCUUAUCUGAAAAAAAAAUGACAAAAUAUCGUCAAGUUCCUAAACUUAAUAUAUUUAAUAAGACAAAUUUGGAUUUUGAUGCAGUUAAAAACUGUUAAAGACAUCCUGUACCAAUUUAAAAAGAUCAUUCUAUCUUGGUUAUCCUGGGCUCCUAUAUUAGGAGAUGUUCUGGGAGUUGCAGCAUGUAUAUCACAAAUCAUUAUCUGCUUGCAUAUGAUUUUCUAGUUGUUGUUGAACUCUCUUGACAGAAAGCUGGCUCAGAAGUGCACAGUUUUAGAGAUGCUCUCUCCUUUAACCCUAAAUCUUUUUUCCUCCAGGUAACCAAAGAAAAACAGGACAUACAUUAUAAAAUGUAUGUACCAAUGAUGGUUAAGUCUAGAAAGUGGAAGAAGGCUACCUAAUU